AUGGUGUACUUCAGGUUCAGUACCUGGCUGCGGGGCAAGGGGCCUCCUGACCGCUGGGCAUCUGCCGCUUUCCUAGAUCAGGUGGUUUACCCGGACUACAGUGCCCCCUCUGGCCGGUUCUGGAACUGCAAGAAAAGAGGACUGACUUUCACCGCCGCACUCUGUCCCUCUAAAGACCGGCAGGCCUUCAGCAGCGUGACUUCCUCUGCCACAGACUGGGACAGACCACCUGAAGUGCUGGAGCAGCUGCUGCCUGAGCUCACGGGGCUGCUCAGCCUCCUGGACCAUGAGUACCUCAGUGACACAGCCCUGGAGAAGAAGAUGGCUGUGGCCUCCAUCCUGCAGAGCCUGCAGCCCCUCCCAGCCAAGGAAGUCUCCUACCUGUAUGUGAACACAGCAGACCUCCACUCUGGGCCCAGCUUCGUGGAGUCCCUCUUUGAAGAGUUUGACUGUGACCUGAGCGACCUCCGGGACAUGCCAGAGGAUGACGGAGAACCCUGCAAAGGAGCCAGCCCUGAGCCAGCCAAGAGCCCGUCUCUGAGACACUCUGCCGACCUGCCUCCACCGCUUCCCCAACGGCCCCCGCCGGAGGACUACUAUGAAGAGGCCCUACCCCUGGGACCGGGCAAGUCCCCUGAGUACAUCAGCUCCCACAAUGGCUGCAGCCCAGCCCACUCCAUCAUGGAUGGCUACUAUGAGGAUGCAGACAGCAGCUACCCCGCGACCAGGAUGAAUGGGGAGCUAAAGAACUCCUACAAUGACUCGGACCCAAUGAGCAGCUCCUACGAGUCCUAUGACGAGGAGGAGGAGGAAGGCAAAGGGCCGCAGCCCACACACCAGUGGCCCUCAGAGGAAGCCUCCAUGCACCUGGUGAGGGACUGCAGGAUAUGCGCUUUCCUGCUGCGGAAAAAGCGCUUCGGGCAGUGGGCCAAGCAGCUGACCGUCAUCAAGGAGGACCAGCUCCUGUGUUACAAAAGCUCCAAGGACCGGCAGCCGCAUCUGAGGCUGGUGUUGGAUGUCUGCAGCGUCACCUACGUGCCCAAGGACAGCCGGCACAAGAGGCACGAGCUGCGUUUCUCCCAGGGGGCUACCGAAGUCUUGGUGCUGGCCCUGCAGAGCCGGGAGCAAGCCGAGGAGUGGCUGAAGGUCAUCCGAGAGGUGAGCAGGCCUGCCGGGGCAACGGAGGGCAUAGACGUGCCCAGAUCCCCCGUCCUCCUGUGCAAGCUGGACCUAGACAAGAGACUGUCCCAAGAGAAGCAAACUUCAGACUCAAACAGCGUGGGCAUGGGUGACAGCUGUUCUACUCUGGGCCGCAGGGAGGCCUGCGACCAUGGCAAAGCGAAGAAGAGCAGUCUGGCAGAGCUGAAGGGCUCAGUGAGCAGGGCUGCCGGCCGCAAGAUCACCCGCAUCAUCAGCUUCUCCAAGAAGAAGCCGCUGGCUGACGACCCGCAGAUGCCCUGCUCCGAGGAGGAGGUCCCAUGCUGCGGCUACCUGAACGUGUUGGUGAACCAGGGCUGGAAGGAACGCUGGUGCCGCCUGAAAUGCAACACUUUGUACUUCCACAAGGAUCACACAGACCUGAGGACCCACGUGAAUGCCAUUGCUCUCCGCGGCUGUGAGGUGGCCCCAGGCUUUGGGCCCAGACAUCCAUUUGCCUUCAGGAUUCUGCGCAACCGGCAGGAGGUUGCCAUCUUGGAGGCAAACUGCUCCGAGGACAUGGGCCGCUGGCUUGGGCUGUUGCUGGUGGAGAUGGGCUCCAAAGUCACUCCUGAGGCGCUGCACUAUGACUACGUGGAUGUGGAGACCUUAACCAGCAUCGUCAGUGCUGGGCGCAACUCCUUCCUAUAUGCAAGAUCCUGCCAGGAUCAGUGGCCUGAGCCCCGUGUGUACGAUGAUGUCCCUUAUGAAAAGAUACAGGACGAGGAGCCCAAGCGUCCCGCGGGCGCCCAGGUGAAACGCCAUGCUUCCUCCUGCAGCGAGAAGUCCCAUCGAGUGGAUCCGCAGGUCAAAGUCAAGCGCCAUGCCUCCAGUGCCAAUCAAUACAAAUACGGCAAGAACCGAGCUGAGGAAGAUGCCCGGAGGUACCUGGUAGAAAAAGAGAAGCUGGAAAAAGAGAAGGAGACAAUCCGGACAGAGCUGAUGGCACUGAGGCAGGAGAAGAGGGAGCUGAAGGAAGCCAUCCGGAAUAAUCCAGGGACAAAGUUAAAGGCUCUGGAGGAGGCCGUGGCUGCCCUGGAAGCUCAGUGUCGGGCAAAGGAGGAACGCCGGAUUGACCUGGAGCUGCGGCUUGUGGCUGUGAAGGAGCGACUGCAGCAGUCCCUGGCAGGGGGCCCGACGCUGGGGCUCUCCGUGAGCAGCAAGAACAAGAGUGGGGAAACUGCAAAUAAACCCCAGAACAACACCCCAGAGCAAUCUCUCCCUGUCAACUGUGUUUCUGAGCUGAGGAAGAGAAGCCCAUCCAUCGUAACCUCCAACCAAGGAAGGGUGCUACAGAAAGCCAAGGAAUGGGAAAUGAAGAAGACCUAGAAAAAGGAUGAAGAUUUCAUUCCAAAGGAAAUACAAGAUUGUAUUGGAAACACUUUUUUCACAAGGAGACGCCAGGACACUGGAAGUAGCCCCCACUGGAAGUAGCCUCUCCAGGGCACCCAGAAGACCAGCUUUUACUGUCUGCAUGAUUACAGGGGAAACAGGGAGGGAAGAAAUGGAAGGGAGGAAGGACAUGGAGGGCGUCCUUUUAACUUCCCAGAGGGUGGAAAACGGGGAUGGAGGGAGAUAGAAAUCUGCACCACUGUAAAGGUUUUGUUAAAUGUCUUCGCCCUCACUUCUGAAGAAAUGAAAGCCCACGUGAAUAAGCCGUUCCAUCCCAUUCUAGCGUCCCAUUCCCAGGCUAUAGGGCAAAGGAAGACAGUGCUGAAGCAUCAGUAGGUAGUACAGUACAAAGAGCCAAGCUUUGAUCAUCUGAUCACACUUGUGCCAAGUGGAUUCAUGUGGGGCAUCACUGACAACCUCUGGGCAACAUAA